AUGGACUGGUCGCUGUUCGUGGGAAUUGCCAGGCAGGCGAAACCAUUAUCGGAGUUGGGAAAACAGGAUCCAGUCCAGGAUUCAGGUCAUCCGCCUGUCACGUGCCUAAGCGCCCUGCCCCAAAACGCAAUGCAGGUGCCAACGACAGGUCCUCUUGCGGACUGGAUCCCUUCCAGCUGCAGUGCAUCCGAAGCCAUGCGUGACAAAUAUUUAUUAACUGCCACCACAGCGGGCAGCGGCUUAUGGGAUUGA